AGCAAUUAAGCCCCGCCCACCAGCCCGUCUCGGCUCUACAGUGACAGCCAGAAAGGAUUGGGGCUACUAAGCUCCGCCCCUUUCCGUAGGCCCAGCCCAGCCCCCAGAGCAGCCCUCCCUCGCCACCGCCUCCGCUUCACUUCGUUCGCUCGCGCACCGAUCCACUGCCGGCUCGCCUACCGUGCGUGUGGAGAUAGACAGAGAGAGAGCGACAGCAGCGACGUCGCGGCCCGAUCACGUCAGCGUCCUCGCCGCUCGGUCUUCGUCGCGCGGGCCGAUGACGUAUCUCGGCGCGGGACGGUGACGCCACAGCGCGAGCGAGAGGAAGAGAGGCGCGCUGGGGGGAUGCCGGUGCGGAUGGCGACCGCUGUGCCCCCCACGCAGAGCCUGCGCCUGGAGAACGCAUCCCUCCUGUCUGAGGGGGCCCUGCAGGAUGGACAUCGCCUGUGGAUCGGAAACCUUGACUCCAAGAUCACAGAGUACCACCUCCUCAAGCUCCUGCAGAAGUUUGGCAAGGUGAAGCAAUUUGACUUCCUUUUCCACAAGUCGGGCGCGUUGGAAGGGCAGCCCAGAGGCUACUGCUUUGUGAACUUUGAAACCAAGCAGGAAGCGGAGCAAGCGAUCCAGUGCCUCAAUGGCAAGCUGGCUCUCUCCAAGAAGCUGGUGGUGCGGUGGGCCCACGCCCAGGUCAAGAGGUACGACCAGAGCAAGAAUGAAAAAAUCCUUCCCAUCAGCCUGGAGCCAUCGUCCAGCUCAGAGCCGGCCCAGUCCAACCUGAGCGUUAGUACAAAGAUCAAAGCCAUUGAAGCCAAGCUGAAAAUGAUGGCGGAGAACCCAGACGCGGAAUUCCCGCCGGCCGCACCUUACUCCUACUUCAAGCCGCCCGAUAAAAAACGGACUGCCCCAUACUCCCGAGUGGCCUGGAAGUCAAAGAGAUGACUCGCUGCGGACGUGACGUCUUUCUUUGGCAUUCACAAAGUCAUCCAGGAUGAACAACAGACUGUAUUGGACGGGACUUCAUUGCCUCCCUGUAGAGCGCUACAUCUUGGCCUUUUCAAAGCCAUCUCUUCUCCUGCAUGUCCCGUUUGCACACAGAAGAAAAUCCUCUCCAGAGGAAAUAUACUGAAGCACCGUCUCCAGUUCUGUAAAGGAACUUCUCAAAAGCCAGGUUGUUUUCAGUAGUAAACCAGAAGCUCCUGCCCUUUCCAGUGUGGCUAGUUUUGCCUCAAAAGUCCAGAUAUGUGUGUUAGCUCUCUCUCACCACUCUUCUCCCCCCCCCCACUUAAGUAUUUCUCUGUCCUAAGCUGAAAAUUCAGAGUUCUAAUGAAGCUAGCGGUCAAGCUGGAAAACAUCUUAACAAACUACUAAACGGACCAUGUUCUGUGACCUUGGCAGGCGGACCAGCCAGAAGUCUUGGGCUUUGGGGGGAGCAAACCUGGAUCCUUGAAGGAAUGGGGUGAAAUUUCUGUGUUGGUUUUUCUGCCCAGUUAAACUCAGUUGGGUGUAUGUAUCAAUACUUUUUUUUGUAUGAUUGUACAGGAAUAAACUUUAUCCAGACUUUCA